GUUCACGCGAACACCGACGAGCGCCGACUGUACCGUUAAAUAGACACAAGUGCGAUGCUUCGACGCCCCCAGACAGUGGGGGGGCUAUUCAGUCACACAUCACCCAAUGCAGGAGCCGCCGUCGAUCUCGCCCGAGACCUUGCCGCGGCCAGGAAUGCUUACAAGAAGCAUGACUCGAGUGCGUCGAUCGCUGCGCAUAAAAGCUGCGCAUGCAGCAAGGCUGAGGGUGGCAUGAAUGAGCCUGGACACGCCGUGAACUCCAUGAAGAAUUCGUUGCUCAAAACCAUGGCUGAUGCCGGGGUCAGUGCCAUUGGAUUCAACUUGCUGCUUUUGACAUUGCUGUCUGGACCUUCAAGUCCCAAAUUGUUGUACCUUUCAGUCCGCAUGGCACUGGCUAGUACCGUUUCGUCCGCGUUGUUUGCUGGCAUUUUGGCCUACCGUCGCAACGAAGAGCAACGCUUUGAGUACGAACGCGAACGUCGGCGUGAAAUGUGGGAGCUGGACAAUUUCCCCCAAGGCGAGAAAGACGAGAUGGUCGAACUGUACACGGGCCGUGGCAUGACCAUGAAGGACGCUCGAACUGUCAUCGACUUGAUGGCCAACUACGAGCAUUUCUUCGUAGACAUUAUGAUGAUUGAAGAGCUGCACAUGUUGCCACCCGACCAAACCAUCAGUUCAUUGCUUGUUGGCGCCACCACAAGUCUCGGCACGUUCACGUGGGGGCUAGUGCCGUGGGGACUCGCCGCCUCGUUCCAUUACCUCACAUCCCCCGUCGUCGUCCCCUCCACUACAUCGCUCAUAUCUCCGUGGGUCGUCUCUACGGUCGUGUCGUCGGGGAUGGCGUGCUGGCUUCGCAUGUACACGUUUUCUGGGUCGGAGCAUUCCAAGUCGUACUACAUCGGCGGGCGGCUACACAUCGAGUUGCCGUACGCCGUCGAGUUGUGCGUGGGGCUGUUUGUGGCUUUGGCAGGUGCCACGUGGCUGGCCACCUCCUUGGCGGAUAAUACGUCAUAGUAGUAGUAGCAGUAGUAGUACUAGUACUAGUAGGAGCGAUAUAUACAUUAUAUUCAAACGAGAGGGGGGGUGUUCAUUU